UCUCUCUCACAUGUUACUCUUCCUCUGUUUCUUCUUCUUCUUCUUCUUCUCUCAUAAGAUUUUUCCAUCUCUUUAUGAACAUCAUCAAUGGCGGAACCAAACACUUCAGAAUCUGAAAGUACCAGCGGCGGAGCUCCCAAAACUUCGGAAUUGAAAACGGGAAAUCGGAGGGAUCGAGAACAGGGGGAGAAGCACCCAAUUUACAGAGGCGUGCGGAAAAGAAGUUGGGGGAAAUGGGUGUCGGAGAUCCGGCAGCCGCGGAAGAAGUCUCGGAUUUGGCUCGGGACAUUUUCGACGGCGGAGAUGGCGGCGCGUGCCCACGACGUGGCGGCGCUCAGCAUCAAAGGCGAUUCGGCCAAGGCGAUUCUCAAUUUCCCCGAGCUCGCCGGGUUGCUGCCCCGCCCGGUGUCGCUAAUGCCGCGGGACAUUCAGGCCGCGGCGGCGAAGGCGGCGGCGAUGGUCAAUUUCGAUGGUUCCACUACGGCGUCGUUUUCGUCGGCGGAGUCCGAUGAAUUGGGGGAGAUUGUGGAGUUGCCCAACAUUGAAGGGGAAAUCAGGGAUGAGUCGUGGAACGAGUUCGUGUUGGUUGACUCGGUUGACCGGUGGGGAUAUCCACCGUUUGCGGAGGAGGAAGCGGAUUUGUUUGGGGGAUUUUCCGAUCAGAGUACGAUUCCGAUCAGCUUCGACGGCGGCGUUUGGGAGUGAAAGUAAAAAACCAGCUGUCGUGUUUGGCGUUUGUUUUUGGGUUGUCUAUUAUCCAGGUUAACACGAUUAAUGAUAAAGAAAAUUUAGUCUAAAUCCA